AACUAGUUAAAAUAUAUAAUACAAUAUUUAAAUAUAUUUUGGGUAGCUAUUUUGGAUAGUCCUGUUGGAGAUGCUCUAUAGAUGCUGGUUUGGCUAAAGGGUUGUUGUGUUGAUGUGUUUUGGUUUCUUUUCGGUGCAAAUCAUUUGAUUAUUGAUCAUUUUUGUGUUGUGUUAUUUUGUGUAAUCAUUAGGUGUUUUUAUUAUUAUUUUGCAGUCUGUUGCAAGUAAUUGGGAUUGCAAUUUUGUUUAAAUAUGUCUAUUUCAAUUUGUUAAUGACAGAUAAUCUGAUGGAACGGUUGAUUAGUGCACGAAUUAGCCCAAUCAUGCUUAUUGUAGGCAACAAUAUUCUUGUUUUGUUCCUAAAUUUAUUCAGACAUGGACGAAAAAAGUGUCUGUUAGUCCAAUUGGGAUGAUGAAACAACCAAAAUCAUUCAAUUCGGUAGCUGCUUCAGUUCAGCCACUAGAAGCCUCAACAAAGGGCUGCUUCGACAACAUUGUAUCAUCCAAAGAGUUUCUUGAGGUGUGGCGAAAUGCCAAAGUCAUAUGCUUUGAUGUGGACAACACAGUCUGCAUAGAUGAGGGAAUUGAUGAACUUGCAGAAUUUUGUGGAGCUAGAAAGGCUAUUGCAGAGUGGACUGCUAGGGCAAUGAAUGGUUUUGUGCCUUUUGAGGAAGCUUUGGCUGUCAGACUCUCUCUCUUUAACCCUUUGCUGGCUCAAGUCCAGGAUUUCCUUGAGAAGAAACCUCCAAGAAUUUCUCCUAGAUUAGAUGAAUUGAUCAAGCAGCUGAGGGAUAAUGGUACAAGCGUCUAUCUGGUCCUUGGAGGCUUUCACCAAAUGAUCAAUCCCAGGUACAUUAUUGAGAAGGUUGAAGUUUCAGAGGAAUCCGUAGUUGUUAUUGUAAUAGUGAAGGCAAAAGGAGUUGCUCUUAUUUUCCAGAGAUUCACCCUUUUGAUAUUUAGUUGGCAGCAGGAGCAAUGGAGUUUUCACAAGAGUGGUUCAAACUUCAUUAUCUCAAAGGCUUAUACCAGUCCUUUCAUUAGGUAGGUGCAUUGGACUUUUCAGUUUUUAUUCCCUUUGUAUUAUGAAUGAGAAAGCAAAGACUGGUGCACUGGAAUUUUGUGGUCUGUAGUUUCUUAAACCUACUUGUCUGUCUUUA